AUGGUUGCUUGGUUGUCCGAGAAGGCACUCAUAGACAGGGAGAACUACUACACCAUGGAUACCCCGGGGGUGACAUCAGCGUCAGUGCUUUCUACCACGGCAUUCAAGACUGAGACCCUCCAGGCCCCAGCCGAUGAGCAACUAGUAAGCCUGGGCCCUUCCCAGCCCCAGCCUAUGGGUAACCCUAUGCCUGACGCUUCCCAAGUCCCGGGUAAAGGGUGA